UUAAACAACUGAUUUCACAUAUUUAUGAGAGGGAACUCAACAUUAGGAGGGUAGAAACAGCAGCUGGCAAGUGUUUGUUAUUGGAGGACUGAUCUCUAUAAAUAAAGAUUAGUCACAUAUUAGAGCAUGAGUGUUUUUAAAAUGUGAAGGUGAGAACGCUGAUAUCACCAUAGAUCCAUUAUUUAACUGACAGGCUGAUGUGUUUCCUGUCACUCACAGUCGGUGUGAUAAUGACCAAACAGAAAGCCAACCUCAGUGAGCUGAUGGAGGGGAUGAGAGUCUUGGAGAAUAAAACUGCAAAGCUGAGCAGAGACAGACACGAUCUCAACUACACGCUGGGAGUCAUCCUGAAUUUCAGCAGCUUUCCAGUUACAGAGUACUGCCCUGACAAAAAGUGCCAGCCUUGUCGGAGUGACUGGAUUCUGUUCCAGGAAAAGUGCUACCUGUUUUAUGAAGAAGAUCCUUGGAAGACGUGGGAAGAAAGCCGAAAGUACUGCCGAAGCAAAACUGCAGAUCUGGUUGUUAUUAAUGGUCUGCAAGAACAGGAAUUCAUCAGUAAUCACACCAACUCGUACUACGAUGAUUCCCACGGAUACUGGAUUGGUCUAUAUGAAAAGAAUGGAACCUGGGUGUGGGUUGAUGGACGUAAUGACACUCUCAGGUUCUGGAUAGACCGGCAGCUCGGCACAUCGGGUAUAUAUGCCCUGAUGAUCCCUGGGAGCGAUCCUACACACAGCUGGGACCCGGCAGAUGACAUGUUCUUAAACAAAUUCAUCUGUGAGAGUGAAGUUCUGAUAAGGUCCAAAUAGUUCAGCACUGUGUAAGUGUCCUUUGUCUUCAUGUUGCAUGAAAAAAACACCAAGAAAAUCUAAAGAAAUAUGCAUCAGUACUGUUUAUAUGCUACAUAAUUUAGAAUGCGAGGAUUCAUUUCAUCGUCCACGUUGUUUUCAUAGAGAUAUGGUGUUUGCGACUGAUUUUCAUGAUAGGAUUCUUUUUAUGGUGCAAAAUGGAAAAUACAAAGGUAAAGAAAGACCAGAAAUAGAUGCAAGUCACUGGAAAAAAGAUGCAAAAUGAACACAAAUAGAUGUAAAAGAACACACGGAGAUGCAAUACAAUGAAAGCUAAAUGAACACAAACGGGCAUAAACAACCACAAAGACAUAAAAUGACCAGAAAGGGAAGCAAAUCAUUGCAAAAGAGAUGCAAAACUAACAAAAACAGACAAGUAAAAGAUACACAAAAAGACAGAAAAGUGAAGAGAACUAACUAAAAGAGAAGCAAACUGAACAUAGACAAACAAAAACAGACAAGUAAAAGAUACACAAAAAGACAGAAAAGUGAAGAGAACUAACUAAAAGAGAAGCAAACUGAACAUAGACAUAAAAUGAUUAUAAAGACACAGAAAAGACCAGAGGAAAAUGCAAACCUUUAAAAAGGGAUGCGAAUCGAUGGUGAAUCGGCAUAAACACCUACAAAAACAAAUAGACCAGAAAAAGAUGUAACAUUUUUAAAAAAAAGAGACCAAAAACAAACACAGGAAGGCAUAAACAACAGCAAAGACAGUGAAAAUGACCAGAAAGGCGAAAAAAAUUAAUUUAAGAAGACGCAAAAUGAAGAUAAAUAAAUGUAAAAUUAUGGGAAAGACACACAAAAAAAAGGGACUAGAAAUAGAAGCAAUCCAUUGGAAAAGAGAUAUGAAAUAAAUACAAAUAGAUAUAACGAUAGACACACAAAAAGACUAGAAAAUGCAAAAUGAACAAAAGUAGUUUUCAGUCCAUGCGGUUAUCUUUGAAUUAGCUCUAGUAGCAUGGUGUAGUAUCUAAUACUGUAGGAUCAUAACCUUAACUUGAAACUUGUUAAGAAAAACAGAUAGAACCAAGAAUUCCCUUUAGGUAUUAAUAAAGUUUUAUCUUAUCUUUUAAUAUUUAGGUACAUUUGUAUUGCUACUUUUAUUUUUCUGUUGUAAAGUUCUUUGGAUCAACACCUUUCGUUUUAAAUGUGCCCUAAAAAGAACUGUGGCUUCACUUAAACUUUAUACCUUUAACCUUUCUAGAUGUUAAUUUUACAAUAAUUCUUCCACAGCAGGCUGGAAGUCUUUGUGUUGCCAGAAGGCUAAAAGCUAAGUGUAAUAAGGUGGUUUUACAUCCAGUAACACUGCAGGUUUCUUACAACAUUCAUGUCACAUCUGUCAUAAGCUGUCGAGACAAACGGUUGGCAAAGGAUCUUGUGUUCUUGCUGUGAAAAACUCCAAGAUUUCUCCAUUUACGUCACAUCUCAGCAGGAGAUUUCUGUUUGCUAAGUUCAAAGUUAUUUUUUGUGCAAGAGCUGAGAAACAGAUUCAAACUGGUGAAACUACUAUUAUCGAUCUCUUUGUGCUGUGUAUGUUCAUACUGUUACUGUAGAGAAUUCUUAAUAUUUUUGCCAUAUGUUGGGAUAUUAAAAACUAUGUAAAAAGAAAAUAAGUAAAACCCCAAAAAUGCCUUCCA